AUGGCUGACAUUGAUGAUGAGCUCUUGGCUCUUGCUGGUGGUGGGGAGUCCUCCGAUGAGGAGGAGGAGGAGGUGAUGUCGGAGGCCGAGAGCAGAGCGCAAUCGGCAUCACCCCCGCCCAAGGCAGCCGCGAAAUCCUCUGUGGCAAAGGUGAAGAAGCGUGUGGGUGGAAACGACUCAGAGGAGGAGGGAGAGGCCUCGUCAGCACCCGGUAGCCCCAACUCGAUCGGAUCUGCCGCAAUGGACGAGUCGGACUCGGAAGGUGAGCCGCAGAGAGCUGGACACGACGAUGACGAAGAAGACAAGUACCCUGUCGAUGGCAUGUUCAGGAGUCUUGCCGAGAAAGGACAGGUCAUGGCCAUGCGCGAGGUCGAGAGAGAAUCGCUGCUCGCGGAGCGUCAGGCUGAGAUAGAACGUCACCGACAGAACCGCAUGCUGCGCCAGCUGGUCAGCAAGCAGGAGAACGAGGAGAAGAAGCAAAAGUUGAAGAAGCGCAGUGCCGAUGCCGCCGACCUUGAGGACGCCUCACGCAAGAACUCGCGACCGCGCACCGACGGCAAGACGUCUGCGAUAGAUACGCUGCGUCGUGCACGCGCGGAGAAGAGCGACCGCGCCCGUCGUCGCGAGGAGGACCGCCAGAAGGGAACGCGCUCGCCGCACGAUGAUUACAGGGACCAGGACAGUGAUGAGGGAGGUGACUGGGAGGAACGCGACCGCCGUCGCCAUCGCAAGUCGCGAUCGCCAGAUGAGGAGAUUGUCUCUCGCGAGCUGCCGCCACCCGAUAUCCGCGAUUUCGAGCGUGUCCGCGUCGGAAAGAGUCGCUUCGCUGAGUACUGCUUCAACCCGGGUUUCGAGGAAGCCAUCGUGGGUUGCUAUGUUCGCAUUAGUAUUGGCCCUGAUCCCAAGUCCGGCCAGGACGAAUACCGUAUGGCGCGCAUCCAGGCCAUCACCGUUGGCAAACCAUAUGCGAUGACCGGUCCCGGUGGCGCUUUUGUCACUGACCAGUACGUCUUGGCAGCACAUGGCAAGGCUGAGAGGCCAUUCCCUUUCAUUUUCUUGUCGGAUCGGCCAUUUACUGAGCGCGAGUACAACCGAUACGAAAAGGUCAUACAGUCCGAGGGACUCACUCUCCCCAAGAAACAAACCCUUCUCAACAAGAUUGACGACAUCAACGCGCUCAUCAAUCAUCACCUCACCACGACGGAAAUCGACGAGCGUAUCCAGCGCAAGAAUGCCCUGCGCAAAAAGUUCGACCCCAAGGUCCGCGAGCGCCUCGCUCAAGAGAUCGAAGUUGCGCGGCUCAAGGGCAACACCAGCAAGGCGGAGGAACUACAGGAACAGCUUGACGACCUCAAGACGAACGUGCUUGCGUUCAAGACGAGCCUCAGCGACACCUCGUCCAAGCCGAGCACGACGUCGCAGCAGGACCGCCUGGCCAACAUCAACCGACAGCGCCGGCUCGAGAACGCCGAGAACGUCCGGAGGGCGCAGCUCAAGGAGAAGGCCGAGGCGCGCAAGCUGGAAGCUGCGUUGGAGAGGGGCGAGGACAUCAAGAACGAUCUCUCACGGCGACUACGGACCAAGGCAAAGUUCAUCCACGAUGCCAACGACGCCAUUAAGAAGCCGUCGGGCAAGGACAGCAACGCAAGCACGCCCGGGAACGGAACCCCAAAGCUAGGGGCUCAGGAGAAGAACUGGCUGCCAAACCUGGCCAAGCUGCAGGCCGCGAAGCAGGAGACGAAGGGCAUCCCAACUAUUCACAAGCCCCUCAUGGACGAUGACAUUAUCGGAGCUUUGGACCUCGAUAUCGACGUCGACAUUGAUUAA